AUGAACUCGUUCUUCAGAACUCUAUUAAAGAGAAGGUUAUUAGGUAACAUUUUAAGAGAAUUUGUGUUUUUGUAGUAAAAAUAUAUAGAAAAAUGGGAAAAAACUGAAUCCUACUUAAAUGUAUUAAAAUCAUAUCUUUUAGUGAUAAAAUCGGUAGGACCUUAUAUGAAUGGACAAGGAGAGUUUGAAAGUUCAAAAAAGAAAUUAUGGGAUUUACCUAUGAGAAAACAACUAUUUGAAAUUAUUAAAAUAAUGUGA